AUGAAUUGGAUGAUAGACGCAUCAUUUGCGGUGCAUCCAGAUUUCAAGAGCCAUACUGGCGGCACUCUGUCCUUUGGAGGAGGUGCAGCUCAAGUGAUGUCAAAGAAACAAAAACUAAACAGCAGAAGCAGUACAGAAGCGGAACUGAUUGCUGUUGACAAUGUUGUCACGAUGAUACUAUGGACAAAGUUGUUCAUGGAGUGGCAAGGGUAUCCGAUUGAGAAGAAUAUCUUGUAUCAGGAUAACAAAAGCGCAAUUCUACUGGAAGAGAAUGGUCGCAAGAGCGCGGGCAAAAGAAGCCGAGCUAUCAAUAUUCGUUAUUUCUUUAUCACAGAUCAAGUUGAGA